GGCGAGCGCGAGAGAGGGGAGACGGAGAGAGAGAGAGAAACAAAGUCGCAAGUCUGGUCCGCUCCGUGUGCGAACUUCUAGGUCUGGAAGGGGGGGGGAAAUGGGGGCCGAGCCGCACCUCGCAGAGCUCCAGCCUUCUCUGACCAGCUUCUGAUCCCGAAGCUAGAGACCCUCACAUCUCUCCUUCUGCCCCCCCCCGCCCCCCGCCCCGUGAAACUGAGGAGGGUGCUCUUUUCUUUUUUCUUUUUUUUUUAAAUGUUGAGAUUUUUUUUCCCUCCCUCCCUUCUUCCUCCGCAAAGGUUUCUCUCUCUCUCUCUCUCUCUCUCACUCACUCUCACUCACUCUCUCUCUCUCUUUUAAAGUCAGUUAUAUUUGCCUCGGUUUCCUCUCCCAUCUCUCAGCCUUCGCCACCGCCCCCCCGCCUGCCCUCUGCCAGCGCUCCCGUCUUUAUGUCGGGCUUCCCGGAGACCUUUUGAGGUCUCGCCGCUCCUUUUGUUUCUCCGGCUGAUUUUUAAAUGUAUAACUUGAUGGGUCUCAACAAUACCGGCGGACCUAACCAGCCUAAUGUCUCCUGUACUUGCAACUGCAAACGGUCUUUGUUUCAGAGUAUGGAGAUCACGGAAUUAGAGUUUGUACAGAUAAUCAUAAUUGUGGUGGUCAUGAUGGUUAUGGUGGUUGUCAUCACGUGCCUGCUGAAUCACUACAAACUUUCUGCAAGGUCCUUCAUCAAUCGGCCCAGCCAAGGACGGAGAAGAGAAGAAAACCUAUCAUCGGAUGGCAGCUUAUGGCCUUCGGAAAGCACAGUGUCAGGAAAUGGUGUAACAGAGCAGCAAGUCUAUACACCAAGGCCUACCGACAGACUAGCAGUCCCAUCCUUUUUGCAGAGAGAUCGCUUCAACAGAUUCCAGCCAACCUACCCUUACAUGCAGCACGAAAUUGAUCUGCCCCCUACCAUCUCCCUGUCGGAUGGAGAAGAGCCGCCACCUUAUCAGGGGCCCUGCACCCUGCAGCUCCGAGACCCCGAGCAGCAGAUGGAACUCAACAGGGAGUCGGUCCGAGCUCCUCCCAACAGAACCAUCUUUGACAGUGACCUGAUAGAUAAUUCAGUCUACGGGGGGCCCUGCCCUCCAAGCAGCAACUCGGGCAUCAGCGCGACCUGCUACGGAAGCAACAGCCGAAUGGAAGGGCCUCCUCCCACGUACAAUGAGGUCAUUGGCCACUUCCCAGGAUCUACGUUUUACCAGCACCAGCAGAACAACAGUGGGGUGCCUUCGUUCCCUUCGCCUUCGCCCAUCAGCAAUCUUGAGAGCACAACGAUGUGGAACAAAGAGAAGGACAAACAGAAAGGGCACCCUUUUUAAAAGAAAAAGAAAAAAAAGAAAGGAAACACUCUGCACUUCUUGAUAAAUAGGAGGGGGUAGUAUAUGGAGACGGGGAGGUGGGGUGAAACCAAACACCCUUCUCCACCUCUGUGUAGUAUAAAUAUUUACAUGUUAUGUUUGGUCUGAAUGCACAAGCCAACAAAACUUGCAAAAACAUUUCUUUGUUGAGCUCUGUUAGGAAGUUUUUGAUUUAUUUUUUUGUUUCUCCUUUCUAAAUAAAUCUACAGCAGUCCUUUCCCCGCCCCUUCCUCUUCCUCCUCCUCCUCCAUUUCCCCUUCCCCAGUUUUGUAUCUCGUUGAAUCGCGUGUGUGGAUGCUACAACUUUUUUUUUCUUUUAUUUCACUUAACUUUAAAGAUUGAAAAAAAAAAUAUUUGCACAAAAACAUUUGUUUAAAAAUCUGCAAUAUAUAUAUAAAUAUAUAUAUUAAAAAAAUAAGAGAAACUGUAUGUGUGUGGGGAUGGGAAGCAGGAGUAUUUUUAUAUUAGAAGAGGCCUAUUGAGGGGGGGGAAUGAUUUGUUGUGUUUUUUUUUCUGAACUUAGAAUAUAAAACAUGGCAACUUUUGAGAGCCGACUCAAGAAAGCAUGUAUGACGUUGUAAAAAAGUGAGAAAGAGAAAAACAAUA